CUAUAGCAAGAAUGGGUUAUGAUACUGAGCGCUUCGUCAAUUCUGUUAACGAGGGACUCAAAUGCAGCAUCUGUCGAGCUGUUCUAGAAGAUCCCCUGCAGGCUCCUUGUGAACAUGCUUUCUGCUCUUCUUGCAUACAAAAAUGGCUUACUCUUCAUGAUAACUGUCCAGAGGACCGUCAACCUCUUGAUCAGUCCAACCUUCAACCUCUCAACAGGUACAUGAAGAAUGAACUUAAUCGACUACAGCUUCAUUGCAGAAAUAAAGAAUAUGGCUGUGAAAUGGUAUGUUCACUGGAAUCCAUUGACAGACAUGAACACAAGUGUAAAUACAACCAGAUCCCAACCUUAAAUGCUGACAGUCAGAGACGUUUGAGAAACGGAUCAUUACCUUGCAGUUACGGCUGCUCAGUCCAUGUUGAAUGGUGCCUAGAUAGCCAUGUGGCAGAGAAUGAAGACCAGGGCCAAGAGUACCCCAGUUGUUCUGGGUACAGCAUUCCUCAAGCUGAAAAUGCGCUGCACAGUUGUGCAUUCUGUUCACAGCUGAGAACAGAAAUAAAUAUGCUGUGGUCAGAUAUGGUCUACAGAAUAGAAAAAGCUAAAUGCGAAAUGGAAUUCAGAUUAGAUUCUCAAAGGAGAGAGAUGCAAAAACAGAGUUUUUUGCAAAAUGAGAUUGAUGAGCUCAAGACUCAGAUGUCUCAGAUGAUGUCUGUUAUACAUAACCUGAUGGCAACAGAAAGGCAGCAGCGUCAAGAGCUGGAGCAGGUGCUAACUGAAAAACAGGAAUUGCUGGAGGAACUCAUGAAUUGUCGAUUGACUCAGGACAUCAACAGAAAAGUGGCAAACUUCCAACCGCGAACUCAACUGGAAAGCAUUAAUCAAAACCUAAGAGGUUACAGUCAUGUAAAGCCGCAUCCCAAGUUCCUGCCUCCUCUGAAUAAUUAUCAAUAGUUUGUCUGCAUUUGGACUUGCUCCCACAUAAUAUGUACAUAAAUGGGGUGCAGUCUGUCAGUACUGUAGACCUGAUCACUUCAGUGAAGCCACGCAUGAAAACCUGUACCAGAGACUAGGCAGCAGCUGUUCCUUCAAAGAUAGCACCCCAUGGGCCUUAAUUAUUUUAUGAAGCCUAAAAAGAGUUAAUAUAAAUAUUCAUUAAAAUGUUACUAAAUAUUAAAUUAUUAGAAUAUAACACAUUAAUUUUAAUUUUUUAAUAUGAAAAAGAAUUUUUCUUGGGAUCAUCUUUCUUGCCCAAAUCUUUUUUUAAAAAAUAGUCUCUUUCAUGUAUAGGAGCUUUCCUCACUGAAAACAGAGUUCUAUAAAUGAGCAAAGGAUGUUUGUAGUGACUCUCCAAUGAAUUCUACAAAUUGGAUCUUACAUUUUUUCCUGCUCAGUGUCAGCUGAUUUCCCAUCCCAUAAGACUUUCGUCCACACGGGUCAUGUGAUUUGAUAGUCUUUUUGGUGGUCAAAAGGGGACCCUAGCAGAAAAAGUAGUGGGAUCCAAUCCUAGGAAUGCAUCAAUAUUAUAGCAACAACAAAAAAACCCUCAAGUGUGCUUAGUUUUCAGAUCCAGAUAAUUCAAAAGCUACUUCAACUACCAUAUGUCAAAUAUUGAUGGAAUCAUGGAGACUCCUUAAGUAUUCAAUCCUUAAUGUGUGUGUAGAUGCGCAUAAGCUAAAACCUGACCUGUUAAAAAGGAUGGAAUUUAAAGUAAGGGGGAAAGUAAACUAUAGACAAUAGCUCACAUCUUAAAAAUGGGUUUCAUAGUGCCUUUAUUGCAACAAAUCCUUUGUAGAUAAUAAUAGCAGCCAAAGGUUUAUUUUAUAGAAAGAAUACUUCUGUAACGUUUGGAAUAUGUUUCAGAAACAGAAUAGUUUCUUCCAAAUCAACCUCUAAAGCUGGGAUCCAGAGAAGCCUAUACAAAACUGCUUCUACACAUGUGGGUUACUGAUUUUUCUCUUCGCAACCUAUGUAAUGCUUCUGCAAGAGCAGGGAGGAAACUGCCAUCAGAAAGGUGGAGGUGAAAAUCCUCAUGUGGACUUUGGAGCCUGUUAAUUUUAUAUUGUGGUAUGGAAUAUACUUUACUGAACAACAGAGACUUAGAUUUCUCACCUAGCAACUGUUGUGUCAUGCAUGAAAAAGAUACUGUGUCAAUAUGUCAUUUCUCCAAGUCCACUUGGCACUUUUGAUACAUUCAUAAAAAGAGCCUCACUAUUCUCUUCAUUGUAAAAUCCAGUUAGGCAGCCCCCCAUCUCAUGUCAGCCAUUCCAUUAGAAAUAGUAGGUGGUUCUUGUACUGAUGUUUGGUUUCUAGUCCUAGAUUAAUACAUAAAUAGCUUUUGGAGACUGAGUGAGUCCCUUGUAUAACUUCCUUAGCACUUUAAGAAAAAUUGUGCAUUAGAUUAGGUUUGUAGAUGCAUCACACAGUUGUAUUUUUCCAUAAAGGCUACCUUCAGGCACAUGCCUGGUAGCUCCUAUUACUGAAUUCACCAGCCAGCAAGAUUUUGAGUUGAAUUGCCUUUGCACUCAUUUCUUUAAGUAUCCCUUUGACCACUUACUACAAAAUUAUUUAGACUUAAACUUGUUAGUGUAGAAUGAUAGGUGCUAAUUUAUUCGAAAAUAAUUUAUGCUUAAUUUGUUCAAAGUAACUUAAUAAAACUAAGAAUGUUUCUUAGUUUACUGGGGGGAAGGAAUUAAGUUAUAGAUACAGAUAACCUGAUAGGGCACUUGCUAUGUUCAGAGAGAAGAUUUUCAGAAGAAAAAAAUGCCAGUUUAUACCUCAAAGAUUGGAUGAUCAGCCAAAAAAUAA